ACUACGAGGAGGAAAAGAACGUGCUCAAAGAGUUUCUUCAAAACUUCAAGUCCAGCCAGUCUGCUUCGGAGACAUCUGCGACAGAAGCGAUUUCAGGCCUCAACAUUGAUGAAGAUGAUCUUGACGCCCUGGAUGAAAUGGACGAGGACGGUGAAGAGAAUGGGCGAACAACAGGAGAGCGACGUGAACCGAAGCUUAAAUAUAUGGCGCUAUUGCAAGAGAUCGCAGACAGAAGGAAGAAUCACAUCGUCAUAGAGUUGGACGACUUGGAUAAAGUACAGUCAGCCCCAGGAGAUGGUGUUUAUACCCGUCGUUUAAGUGUUGGAAGGCUAAUCGAUGUGGCUUUUACCAGUUCAUGAAAUCUGCACCCGAAGGGCCACAUUCAGACCUUGCGGAACGAAUUACAAAUAAUGCGAAGCGAUACAUUGAUGUGAUUUCGGAAGCAAUCGAUGACAUAAUGCCCAAGGAAAGCUCAGAAGUAACGUUAGUACAGACACCCUUAUGGCGCUAGAGGCACAUGAGCUCAUAUUGACUUAUGUUUUUAGAUUUAAGGAUGAUGUGAUUGAUGUUUUAGUUUCUCAGCGUGGACGACGGAACGAAACUCUGGACCUGGCUUUAGAAGCGGACCCAGAUGCCGAUAUGCAGCCAGCCAUAUUCCCGCCAGAGCUUAUCAGGAGAUACACACUUAACAUCAAACCAAUCACUCCCUCUGGAUCAAGCAGUAACCCGAAAGCAAAGGCUUUUGCAGUCAGAGAUGUUCGUGGAGCACAGCUUGGAAAACUAAUUACAGUUCGUGGCAUCACUACCAGAGUUUCCGAUGUCAAACCCUCCGUCAAGAUCAACGCAUAUAGCUGUGACCGUUGUGGCUCUGAAGUAUUUCAGCCGAUCACCACCAAACAGUUUCUCCCACUAACGGAAUGUCUGUCGGAAGAAUGCAAAAAGAACAAUAGCAAGGGCCAGCUGUUUCUUUCCACCCGAGCCUCAAAGUUUGUUCCGUUUCAGGAGGCCAAGAUACAGGAGAUGGCAGACCAAGUACCUAUUGGACACAUCCCUCGCACACUGACAGUACACCUGAUGGGUAGCCUAGUCCGACAGUUGAGCCCAGGAGACAAUGUUGAUAUUGCCGGAAUUUUCCUUCCCACCCCUUACACAGGUUUCCGGGCCAUCAAAGCCGGUCUUCUCACUGAUACCUAUCUCGAAGCCCAACAUGUUACACAACAUAAAAAGGCCUACGAUCACCUUGUCAUGGACCCAGUAACCCUGAGAAAAAUUACUAGACAUGCGAGCUCGGGUAACAUGUAUGAGUACUUGUCACGUUCGAUAGCUCCGGAAAUUUAUGGCCAUCUCGACGUUAAGAAGGCCCUGCUACUUCUUCUAAUCGGUGGUGUGACAAAGGAAAUGGGAGACGGAAUGCGGAUUCGUGGUGAUAUAAACAUCUGCCUGAUGGGUGACCCUGGAGUUGCGAAAUCCCAACUUUUGAAAUAUAUCACCAAGGUAGCUCCUCGUGCCAUUUACACCACUGGACGAGGAAGCAGUGGAGUUGGUCUGACAGCAGCAGUGAUGCGUGACCCUGUCACAGAUGAAAUGGUUCUUGAGGGCGGCGCCCUUGUUCUCGCAGAUAACGGUAUCUGCUGCAUCGAUGAAUUUGACAAGAUGGAUGACGGAGAUAGGACUGCUAUUCACGAAGUUAUGGAACAACAAACAAUCUCGAUAUCUAAAGCCGGAAUCUCAACCACCCUCAAUGCUCGCACCUCCAUUCUUGCAGCUGCCAAUCCGCUGUACGGACGGUAUAAUCCCCGAGUAUCACCUGUUGAGAACAUCAACCUCCCCGCCGCACUUCUGUCUCGUUUUGAUAUUCUGUUUCUCAUGCUGGACACCCCCUCCCGUGAUGCUGACGAAGAACUCGCCAGCCAUGUUGCCUAUGUACAUAUGCACAACAAACACCCUGAGACCAGUGCCGAUGAAGUAGUCUUCACUCCUGCCGAAGUACGACAGUAUAUCGCCAAAGCGCGAACAUUCCGCCCUGUGGUACCGAAGAGUGUCUCAGAUUAUAUGGUGGGUGCAUAUGUCCGUAUGCGCAAACAGCAAAAGCAAGAAGAAGGAAGCAAAAAACAAUUCACUCACGUCACGCCGCGAACCUUGCUGGGCGUCCUUCGCCUUUCUCAGGCUCUGGCCCGACUCCGAUUCAGCGAGCGUGUUGUCACUGAGGAUAUCGAUGAGGCCCUCCGGCUGAUCGAAGUUAGUAAAUCCAGCUUACACCAGGACUCACAAACGGGCAUAGAUCACAGCCCUACCAGCAAAAUUUACAACCUCAUUUGCGCCAUGAGGGAGAGUGGUGCGGCUGCUAUCGGUGACGAAGAUGAAGGAACUCUCAGCAUGAAGAGGAUUCGGGAACGAGUUGUCGCGAAAGGAUUUACAGAUGACCAACUUAGCCAGGCAAUUGAUGAAUACGCAGAACUUAGUGUAAGUGCAACAUUUAUCCUCCGGCUUUGUACCCUCCUUAUUAACGUGUAUAUUUCCUACAGGUCUGGCAAGUCAGUGGAAACGGCACUCGGCUUGUCUUCAUUGAAGCCGGGGAUGGCGAUGCAAUGGAUUUGUAGGAUUUCAUAUAAAUUAUAACGAAUUUUCAAAACAAUAGCGUAUGGUUCGAUAAAUCUAGUCCUUUUAAUGAGCCCAAGCUUUCAAUUCUUCUCAAGUGCGUCCUUGACUAAAUUCCUUUCUUUCCGAUGAAGCAGUAAAGAAUGGUUCUCUACAAUGCAACGUCCAGGGAUCAAGGGCCUUCUCUACCCAAUACGGAGUGUCCUACAGCACCCUCUUGCAUCGCGAGCUAAUACCGAUGUCUUACAUGCAUGGUAUGCUAGCUGCUUGUUUGCCCAUUCCCCUAUACGAGCUUCCAUGGAGCCAAAGAAACCGUUGAAGCCGCUAGGUUGAUCGCAGUUAAACAUCACAACACGCUUCUAAGCUGAAUCCCUAGCGAGGGCUGAACAUUAUGCCUAUUCAUAGCACUACCCGAAACAUAACACGAUCCUUAUAACUACCUAAUGGAUAUGUCACAACAGUGAGCAGAGCUGGGAACAGGGUUGGUUACCCCAGAGUGUCGAUGCACGCUAAGGCUGAACUUGUCCCGAAUCUUCGCUUGCGAUGACUUCAUCGUCCCAACUUUCUUUUCACCUCGCCAGGCAGGUAAUACGCUCGAACAAGCGAGAUGUCUCAGCGCCAUAAGUUUCCC